AUGCUGGGCUUGGGGAAGGCGACCCCCGCGCCCCCUCCCUUCAUCCGCGAUGCGCUGCGCAGCCAGUGGAGGUUUCCCACCUCGCCCAGCCUUGGAAACUCCCUUUUCUCAGGAAAAGGAGACCCGAUCCCUUCACUGCACCCCAGGAGUCCCCGGCCGAGCCCUCCUCCGGCCCCCGCCCUGACGUUUGGGGCCGGCCGAGGACAGUCGGGGCGGGGCCCAGGUACAGUGAGGGCGUCCGGGGCGGGGGAGGGGGCUGCCGAGUGGGGCGCACUCAGGGGAGAUCAGCUGAGACUCCUGAAGGGGCCAGGGGGAGAGAGUGCCCGCGACGAGCCCGCCGGCCUGUGCUCCAGGGCUGGGGCCUCAGGCCAUUCGAUUGGCACAACCCAUCCCUGCGAGGAAGGCUCCAGACAACAGUCCCUCCCCGACUAG